AAAAAGAGGUAUCUGGAUUGAAAAAAAUGCUGUAGCGAUACCUGAUCUACGAUGACUAUCUCGUACACUUUGGACGUCUCCCAGACGAAUUUGCAAAGCUUUUUCAGCUUAUUGUUACGGUGGAGAGGAAGUGUUUGGAAGGCAGUAUUUGGACAACUUGCAGUAUGGACGGCUGUAUUUCUUCUGAUCAGUUGCAUUUAUCGAUACAUGUUAUCCCCAUCACAACAAGAUGUAUUUGAGCAAUUGAUACGGUACUUUGACAACAAGCUAGAUGCAAAUAUUCCGCUCACAUUUCUUCUUGGAUUCUUUGUUUCAUUUGUUGUUGCAAGAUGGGGAUCUAUUCUCAAUGGAAUCGGGUGGAUUGAUGAUGCAUCCCUCCUCUUCGCCACCUACAUCCGUGGAGCCGACGAAGAAACUCGUGUGAUCCGUCGUAACCUCGUCCGUUACCUCGUUCUCUCACAAGCCCUUGUCCUCCGUGACAUCUCAAUGCAAGUACGAAAACGAUUUCCAACAAUGGACACGUUGGCAGCAUCAGGACUGAUGACUCAUGAAGAAAUGGAUAUUCUGGAUCAUAUCAAGGAUCCAUACAGUAGAUAUUGGACAUCAAUUCAAUGGAGUUUAAAUUUGGUGUACGAGUGUCAAAAGAAAGGAAAAGUUGAUAGCUACUAUCUGAUGAAUAAAAUUGUAGAUGAGAUUGGCAAGUUCCGACAUGGACUUGCGUCUCUUCUGAAAUAUGAUUGGGUUCCAGUGCCUUUAGUUUAUCCACAGGUUAUUUUUCUGGCUGUAAGAAUAUAUUUCAUGAUUUGUCUGAUCGGACGGCAGUUCAUUGUUACUGGGCCAAAUCCAUCAGGGAUUGACCUAUGGCUUCCGAUCACCACAAUGGUACAAUUCCUAGUUUAUAUGGGUUGGAUGAAAGUAGCAGAAGCCCUCCUAAACCCAUUGGGUGAAGAUGAUGAUGAUCUAGAGUGUAAUUAUAUAAUCGAUAAGAAUUUGAUCACCGGUUUGUCAAUUGUGGACACCAUGUGGAAGCACGAUGAUACCGGUUACUCGAUGGUCGAAGAGCAUAUGGCAAAAACGCCGGCUCAGAAGAAGGAUGAAUUUUGGGGAAUUGAUAAGAUUGCUCCUUUGUAUUCUAUGGAGUCGGCUGAAAGAUCAGUACAUCCGUUGGUGGGAAGCGCAAGUAAAAUUAAUUUGGUAAAGAAUAAGAAGGAAAUCGUUAUGACUCCGCACAAGAAUAAGCUCAGCGAGCUGGAUCCUUCAGAGCAGAAAACGUAUCUCCGCCGGGUAAAUGUAUCCGAUCACAAUGCAAAACACGCGAAACAACGUGGACUUGAAAGAGCCAACUCGCCGGAUAAAUGCUUGAGCAAAAUGAGAUCAAGAUCGAACGGAAAGUUCAGAACAUCUGCAAAUGGAUCACAAAACGGUGUUGAUCUGUGGACACGAGCUGAUUCCCCUGAUGAUUCUUCACACGAUUCGUGCUCUCAUUCAGGUUCAAUUAUCUGAAUAAAAACCUCCUCCUAAUCCUCUUCUCUCUAUAUAUAUCAAGUUCUUUAUUCUUGGUGACAUUGAAAUGAACGUUGCCACAUCGAAUCCAAAUCAAGUGCAUCCACAUUCAAUUGCCGUAUUUCCACCAGAAGAACAACAGACAACAUCUCGACAUUAAACAAUAUUUCCCCCUCCAACUGAGACCCCCCAUUAUAUAAUUCCGCAAGCUCUGUGAUAUUUGUCUCAUUGAUCCGGUUAUUUAUGUCUUUUCCAAUCAGCCGGAAAAUCAUAACGAGUAUUUAUUUUUGUGUAUAAUAGUUUUGGUUUUUUGUUUCAAAAUUCAAUGUUUUUUCAACUCAAAAACCAUAGAUCCUUGGAAAAAAAACUUGAUAAUAAAACUGUUCA